AUGGUUGUUUCAAACUUCACUUCAUCAUUUUCUUCUCAUUUCUUCAAUCUAUCUUCUCUCUACAAACUCACAUCCACAUCAUCUUCAUCUUCACUUCUUUUCCUAAGCCAUCACCAUCACCAUGUUCAUCACCCAACAAAACAAACCUCAAAAGCUUCAAACUUUACCAUCAAAGCUUACAUGGAAACACCAAAUUCAUUUUCAAGCAUUGCAAACAAAGUCAUUGGUGCUCUUCCUGUGAUUGGUCUGUUAGCUAGGAUAAUGAGUGAUGAAGGUGGUGUUGGUGAUGAUCUUGUUGAUUUUGCUGAGUUUAGAAGAAGGGUUGGUAAGAAUUGUACUGCUGAUGAUUCAACUGCUUUUUAUAAGUUCCAAGAUCGAAGAGGAAAGGAAGGGGAUCCUAUCUAUGUUCUGUUAUGUUGUUGGUUAGCAGCUGUUGGUGCAGGUCUUCUUAAAACUGAGGAGAUUUUGGAAGGAGUUGCUAGGCUUCGAAUCUCGGACGACAUCGAAUUUGAAGAACAGACCUUCAUAGCUUUGAUGGAUGAAGCAAGAGAGGAAUGGUCUAAAGAUUGGGAUGCUCCUUGA